AUGCCGCCAUCAUCUCGCUCGAUUGCAGCUCUGCUGCUUACUCUGCUGCCCCUACUCUGCCCCCUCCCCGCCGCUGCCGAUGCCCCGGACCCGGUGUACAUCAAAGGUCUCGGGCUCGAUGGCGUGAGCCGUGACCUCGAUGUCAGCAGAUACCCGGCUCUCUAUACAGGUGAUUUUGACGAUUGCUUGGGCGGCGAAUCCUUGUUCAAUGUCACCAAAUUCGACGCUGCCUACUACGCUGAUAAUUUGACCGUCUUGUUUCAUCUGGAUGGAACCACCAACAUCCAUAAAGAAGAUCUUAUGCUACACAUCUCCGUCGAGGCCUAUGGCGAGAAUCGAUUCAACAUGACGUAUGAUCCGUGCAAAGCCAACAUUUACAGCAUGUGCCCGCUCAAUGCCAGCGUCCCAAUCACUGCCUUUGCCGCCAUUCCUCUUGCUCCCAACGACGUCUCAGGUAUUCCAUCUAUCGCGUUGGGUAUCCCCGAUCUGGAGGGUCUGGCUCGUUUGCAGAUAUUUGCCAAUUCGACUCAAACCCAGAUUGGGUGCUUUCAGGCCGCCAUGACAAACGGUAAUUCGUUUUCGCAGCCGGCGCCCGUGGGUUCAUUCCUCGGAGUCAUGGUGCUCGUGGCGUUGCUGUCGUCUUUUGCCACCGCCAUCUAUGGAUUGAGCAUCCCCCAUAUGCGUCUUCACUAUGCCCACUCAUUCUCUGUGCUGGUCAUAUUCGACACUUUUCAGUCCAUAUUCUUUUCCGGGGCUCUUUCUGUCAAUUGGCCCAGUGUUCUGCCGGCGUGGUGGAGCAACUUUGCUUGGACGGCUGGCAUGUUUGCAAAUGACCAAAUUGCCCGUUCCGUAAGCUCGUUCACGGGAAACAAGGCCAACAUCAGCCAAGUAGGGGGCGCCGGCUCAGUCCAGAUCAACAACGGCGGUGGCUUGUCACAGCGCAUCUAUGGCCGAUCCAUCCCGCUGCUUCAGGGUAGCGGCCGCAGCCCCCUGAGCUCCUUGUCUCGGCGCGCGGCAUACAAUGCCAGCAAUCCGUACGAUUAUACCUGGAGCGGCCACCCAAGGACACCCGGAAUGCCCAUGCCAGGGACCUGGCCAGGAUUCGCGGGGACCUUGUCUCUCGUAAACGUCCCGCCCGCCGAGGCCUUUACCGUCUGUGUCGUCUGGCUGCUCGUAAUCUUGGCUGCAGUCGCCUUGUUCGUCGUGGCGACCAAACUCGUGCUGGAUGCGCUGAGCAGGCUAAAGCUGCUGAAAACGGAUGGUUUCAACUAUUUCCGUGGCCAUGUGUGGGGGUACACUGCUGCUGCCCUUCUCAGAACCGUCCUCGUUGCCUUCUUCACCGUCAUGACCCUUUGCAUGUAUCAGUUUACACUGAGAGGAUCCGCCGGGCCUACCGCCGUGGCUGUCAUGGUAUGGCUACUGUUUUUCCUUGGUUUGGGGGGUAUUGCAGCCUACGCCUGCUAUUUUCGACUACGGCAUGGCAAGUACGAGACUAGUCCCGACACCCUACGGUUCGAACGCGGCAACGUCUGCGGCAGGAUACCAUUCAUUGCCGCAACGAGGCAGAGCAAAAUUGGGGACGAAGAGUCGAGUCAGAAGCCCCAUCUGUUUUGGACGAUGCCUUUCGUCAGUGUCAAGUAUGUCGAUGACGACCCUAACCGGGCCACUGUCCAUCUAGACGAGGGCUAUGUGAAGCGCUUCGGGUGGUUGUCAGCGCGUUAUCGACGCACCAGGUGGUGGUUCUUCGCCUUUUACCUCUGCUACCAGUUUAUCCGAGCCUGCUUCAUCGGAGGCGGAGCGCGUACACCGCUGGCUCAAGUGUACGGACUCUUCAUCUAUGAGUUGGUUGCGUUGGUGGUGAUUAUCAAACUGAACCCGUUUGAGAGUAACCGAAACACGGCUGCCGCAGUCUGGAUGCUCUCAAUCUCCAAAAUUGUCACUACUGGCCUGUCUAUCGCUUUUCUGCCGGCUUUCAACUUGAACAGGAUCAUUGCUACCGUUCUCGGCAUCAUCAUCAUCGUGGUUCAAGGGUUUGUCGUUAUCGCUACUCUUGUUCUGAUAGUGCUGGGCGCCAUCUCCACGUGGAUGUCGCUUUCCCGUAACCGUGAAAGCUUUCCCGAAUUCCUAGAAGCCAUUCGGAUCGGCUAUUUUGAACAUUGCAAAGCCUGUGCUGAGGACUUUCCUCCAAGGGCGAAAAAUCCGAAAGAGGGACUUGGAGGAGCUGAGCAAGAGGUGAAACGGGUCAACUUUGAAGUUCUUGAAGUACGUCGAGCCCCCAAGAUUGAAGACGAGGAAGCCGAUCCUUUUCCGGACCUGGAACCCCCAAGCAUAUCAGGGAUAGGGGGAAGCGCUAGUGGACGUCGCAGUCGGGCAAACAGCAGCAACUCGCGUUUUUCCGUCAACAGCCUUCCGCGCAGCACACGAGCCCAUAGGGCCUCUUGGAGCUCCAAGGAUAUCCCGUUGUGGGAUUCUGAGAUGAACCGGGGAGAUCAACAACGCCCGGGUCACUCACGAAACGUGUCACUGAGAUUGUCCGCGUACAAUCCAGAUACCCAUGGCACUAACAGUCCUGCACGACGGCCCAUGACGCCUCAAGAAGAACUCGCCGAGGACGCAACUAUGCUGAAAGCUGCUUCUCCAUGCCCCGAGAACGCCACGAAGACUCUUGCGGCAAGUCGACAAGAAGAAGAGAAGCCAUCAAAGUGA